ACAAACAUCAAAAUGCCGAACGAUAAUAGCGAGGCCCUUUCCCAGUCGCCCAGGUGAUAUCGCAAAUCAUCCAUGCGACAGUUUCGUGCUUCUUGAUAGGCCCACCUGAUCAAUUGCCGUAAUCCGAUAGUUUGAAUCGAGCAGCGAGCGAUCUCCUCCAAACUAACACUUGCUUUGUUUGCUACAAAGCGCAGUCUACUCCCUGUGGCCUUCACAAAUCAAGAACAUUGUUCCCACUUCUGCUCCACUGUGCUCCAUUCCUCUUUCGGGAGUAGUACUGAGUGUCCGCACCUCUGCGUUUGGUGGCCGCGACUUUCCUUGCUAUCCUCUCUGCUAGGAGUCGCCAUGCCGGGCGACAUUCCUGUCGGCAAGCACGAUCCAGCGGCGGCGGACCCCGCGGCAUGGGCGCAGCUGCAGCAGCUCCCCCCGUCCGACCGCCUGCACACCGCGGUGCUCCCCAAGGGCGGAAGCACGUUGGGCGCGGGCACGCUGAAGGACGGCGGAAAGGCGGGGGAGGCGGAGCUGGCGCAGGUGGACGUGCGCGCGCUGACCCAUGCGCAGCGGGAGCGGCUGGUGGAGCGCGCGCUUGAGACGCUCGACCAGGACAACGAGGCUUUCCUUAAGAAGCUCAGGGGCCGCCUCGACCGCGUGGGGCUGACGCUCCCGUCGGUCGAGGUGCGCUUCGAGGACCUGAACGUGGAGGCGGGCGUGUACGUCGGCACGCGCGCGCUGCCCACGCUGCUCAACUUCACGCGCAACUCGCUCGCCGGCGCGCUGCGCUCGCUCCGGCUGGUGCCGGACUCGCGCCGUCCCUACCCCAUUCUGCAUGGCUGCUCCGGCGUGCUCAGGCCGGGCCGCAUGACCCUGCUGCUGGGACCGCCGGGCGCCGGCAAGUCCACGCUCAUGCAGGCGCUGGCGGGCUGCCACGACAAGUCACUCAAGGUAUCCGGCAGCGUCACCUAUAACGGGCAUGCUCUUAACGAGUUCGUGCCUGAGCGCACGGCGGUGUACGUGCCGCAGAACGACGAGCACAUUGGCGAGAUGACCGUCCGCGAGACGCUCGACUUUUCUGCCCGCCUGCAGGGGCCGGGGCUCAGGAAAGACCUGGUGGCGGAGCUGGAGAGGCGCGAGGCGGAGCAGGGGAUAGUGCCUGACGCCACCAUGGAUGCCAUCAUGAAGGCCAUGGCGCUAGAGGGCAAUCCCACCAACGUCAUCACCGACUAUGUGCUCAAGCUCCUCGGUUUAGACAUCUGUGCCGACACCGUGGUGGGCAACGACAUGCUGCGCGGCAUCUCAGGCGGGCAGAAGAAGCGCGUCACCACAGGCGUGUCCCUGGUGGGCCCCAAGCAGGUCCUCCUGAUGGACGAGAUCUCCACCGGGCUGGACUCCUCCACCACGUUCCUCAUCACGCGCUGCCUGCGCCACCUCACCCACCUGCACGACACCACCACCCUCAUCGCGCUCCUCCAGCCCGCGCCCGAGACCUACGUGCUCUUUGACGACGUGCUGCUGCUCUCCGAGGGCCAUGUGGUGUACCACGGCCCAAGGGAGCAGGUGGUGCCGUUUUUCCAGGCGCUGGGGUUCGAGAGCCCCGCCAGGAAGGGCGAGGCGGAUUUUCUGCAGGAGGUGACGUCGAUGAAGGACCAGGGGCAGUACUGGAGCGGUGCGGCCGCCACCCAGCCGUACCACUACGUCCCGGCACAGGCGUUUGAGGCGGCGUUCAAGGACACGCAGAUUGGCAAGGCCACUACGGCUCACCUCUCCGUGCCGUUCCCCAAAGAAAAGAGCCUCCCGGGCGCGCUGGCCCACGAGCGCUACGCGCUGCCCACCUCGGAGGUGUUCCGAGCGGUGUUUGCGCGGGAGUGGCUGCUGAUGCAGCGCAACGCGUUCCUGUACGUGGCGCAGACCAUUCAGAUCAUCCUCAUCGCGCUCGUCACCAUGACGGUCUUCUUCCGCACCACGCUGGACGUGUCCCUGCAGGACGGCAACUACUACUUGGGCGCCAUCUUCUUCGGGCUCAUCAUGAUGCUCUUCAACGGCUUCACCGAGCUAACCCUGCUCACCAUGCGCCUGCCCAUCUUCUACCGCCAGAGGGACUCGUUCCUGUACCCCGCGUGGGCGUGGGAGAUCCCCAUGGAGCUGCUCUCCGUGCCGUUUUCUGCAUGGGCGUCGAUCAUUUGGACGGCCGUCACCUACUAUGUGAUCGGCUUCGCGCCUGAACCGGGCAGGUUCUUCAUGCAGAUGUUUCUCUUCUUCCUCAUCCACCAGGUCGCCAUAUCGCUCUUCCGCCUCAUCGGCGCCGUGGGUCGCAGCAUGGUCGUCUCCAACACCUUUGGCUCCUUCGCCCUCAUCCUGCUCUUCCUGCUCGGAGGCUUCAUACUCGCUAAAGCUGACAUCCACGACGUGUGGAUCUGGGCGUACUGGCUCUCGCCUCUCAUGUACGGCCAGAACGCGCUGGCAGUCAACGAGUUCCUCGCGCCGCGCUGGAACGUGUCUGCAGGCCCCCUGUUCCCCCCAACGGCUACCAUGGGGCAGGUGCUGCUGGAGAGUCGCUCGCUGGCCACGGAGGACAAGUGGAGGGGCAUCGGCGUAGGGGCGCUGCUCGGCUACAUCCUGCUCUUCAACCUCCUCACCAUCCUCGCCCUUGCGUACCUCGAUCCAUGGGGCCGGCCCCAGCCAGUGGUGUCAGAGGAGCAGCUGGAGACGAAGCACGCCGCACGGACGGGCGAGGUGGUGGGGGCGGCGGGCGGCAGUAAGAAGCGCUCCACCCGGCAGGGCAAGGGCACGAGCAGUGCGCUGGACCGCUACUGCACCAGCCACACAGGGUCACGAGCUCCCACAGACGUGGAGUCUCAGCCAGAGUCAGCUGAGGGCAAGCAUGGCAUGGUGCUGCCCUUCGAGCCGCACUCGCUCUCCUUCCACAACGUCAACUACUAUGUCGACAUGCCGGCCGAAAUGCGCGCCGAGGGGGCGCCCCCAGACGCGCGCCUGCAGCUCCUGCGCAACGUCUCAGGGGCCUUCCGCCCCAAGGUGCUCACCGCCCUCGUGGGUGUCUCCGGCGCGGGGAAGACCACCCUCAUGGACGUGCUGGCGGGGCGCAAGACCGGGGGGUACAUCGAGGGCGACGUGCGCGUGUCGGGGUUCCCCAAGGUGCACGAGACGUUCUCGCGCGUGGCGGGGUACUGCGAGCAGAGCGACAUCCACACGCCGCAGGUGACGGUGCACGAGUCGCUGCUCUUCUCCGCGUGGCUGCGCCUCCCUGCUGACGUGGACCGGGAGGUGCGAGAGGAGUUUGUGGAGGAGGUGAUGGAGCUGGUGGAGCUGGACAGCCUGAGGGGCGCCAUGGUGGGGCUGCCAGGGGUGAACGGGCUGUCGACUGAGCAGAGGAAGCGGCUGACAAUUGCGGUGGAGCUGGUGGCGAACCCGAGUAUUAUCUUCAUGGACGAGCCGACAAGUGGGCUGGAUGCACGGGCGGCGGCUAUUGUGAUGCGCACUGUGAGGAACACGGUGGACACGGGGCGGACGGUGGUGUGCACCAUUCACCAGCCAUCCAUUGAUAUCUUCGAGGCCUUUGAUGAGCUGCUGCUGAUGAAGCGUGGAGGCGAGGUGAUCUACAUGGGUCCCUUGGGCACGGACUCCAAGCUCAUGAUCGACUACUUCCAGGCCAUCCCCGGCGUACCGCCCAUAUCCGACGGCUACAACCCCGCCACGUGGAUGCUCGACAUCUCCACCCCGGCCAUGGCUGAGAAACUCAACCUCGACUUCGCCGAGAUCUUCCGCAAGUCCGCCCAGUUCCGGGCCAACGAGGAGCUGAUCGAGUCCCUCAAGACGCCCCCAGCAGGCCAGCAGGACCUGUCCUUCGCCACGCAGUAUCCCACAAGCUACGCGGUGCAGUUUGUCGCGAAUCUGUGGAAGCGUGCGCGCAUGUACUGGCGCGCGCCGGACUACAACGCGGUGCGCUACUUCUUCUGCGCCAUCAUGGCGCUGCUCAUCGGCGGGGUGUUCUUCGGGCUGGGCGAGCAGCGCGACACGCAGCAGCAGCUGCUCAACGUGAUGGGCGCCAUGUACACGGCGUCGCUCUUCAUGGGGUGGAACAACGCUGCCUCCGUGCAGCCCAUUGUGGCAGUCGAGCGCACCGUCUUCUACCGCGAGCGCGCCGCCGGGCUGUAUGGCGCUGUGCCAUACGCGCUGGCGCAGGGAGCCAUCGAGGUGCCGUACGUGCUGGUGCAGACGGUGAUCUACUCGCUCAUCACGUACUCCAUGAUCCAGUUCGAGUGGACGGCGGGCAAGUUCUGGUGGUACACACUGUUCAUGUUCCUCACGCUCUUCUACUUCACUUGCUACGGGCUCAUGGCCAUUGCCAUCUCGCCCAACGAGCAGCUCGCCAUGGUCAUCUCCGGCUUCUUCUUCUCUUUCUGGAACCUCCUCUGCGGUUUCCUCAUCACAAGGCCUCAAAUCCCGGUGUGGUGGCGCUGGUUCUACUGGAUCAACCCCGUCUCAUGGACCCUCUAUGGGCUCAAUGCCUCGCAGCUGGGAGAUGUGACCACGCCCCUUCAAGUGCCUGGCGUCUCUCCGGACCCCACAGUGCAGGCGUAUCUGGAGGAGGUGUUUGGCUACCAGCACUCGUGGCUCGGCUACGUGGUGCUCGUCAACAUCGGAUUUGUCAUCCUCUUCUUUACCGUCUUCGCUUAUGCACUCAGGAAGCUCAACUUCCAAAACCGCUAAACGCGUGGCACCUAUCUGGAGGUUUUUAGCUACCAGCUCUCAGCUGAGCUGCUACGUGCACAUCAAGGGAUUCAUCAUCCGCCUUGUCAUUACGCCUGGACCAGAGUCGCUGUGAUAACUGCGAUAUGUGAAUAAAAGGGCUGUGAAUGGGUCUCCUGUAAAAUUAACUGCUGGUGCACACGUUCCAUUAGUUCUCUUAGAGCGAGUUCCUACGGACCUCGUCCCAGGCUAGCUUCUUCCCAGAUUUGCUGCCUGCCUGAGAGCCUAUUUGCAGAACCCCGUUUCAGGCGGAUUCCGUUUCAGAUUCAAGUUCCAGGUUUUGGGGUCCGCAAUAGGAAAACCUCGCGUCGAAAUUGCGCUGUACAGCUCCGCGCAUGCCAGGAAAGCGGACGCAUGAAAGAAGAUUU